AUGUCAGCCGCUUGACUGGACGGGUUUUCGUCUCCUGGGGGCCCGCAGGCCUUCUGGUGACCGCCACCGCUGUCGCCUCCGAGUGUGGGUCCCAGACCUUGGACGGCUGUGGCGGACGCGGAGUUUCCCGGUCCCUUCCAGACGCUGUCUGGCGAGAUCGGACGGUGAGCCGCGCGUGAGAUAUGAUCCAGAUGUGUACGUGAAUAACUUUGGUUAGUCAGAGUGAACAUUCAAUAAUGAGUGGUGCAGCUUUGGGACUCGAGAUUGUUUUUGUCUUUUUUCUGGCAUUAUUCCUACUUCAUCGAUAUGGAGAUUUUAAGAAACAGCAUAGACUUGUAAUUGUUGGGACACUGCUUGCUUGGUAUCUCUGCUUUCUUAUUGUCUUCAUACUGCCUCUGGAUGUUAGUACGACAAUAUACAACAGGUGCAAGAAUGCUGCUGCAAAUUCAAGCCCUCCUGAGAAUAGCAACAUUACAGUAUUGUACGCAACUGCUAACCCAAGCCAACAUCCAUGUUUCAAGCCAUGGAGUUACAUUCCAGAUGGAAUCAUGCCAAUUUUCUGGAGGGUAGUAUAUUGGACAUCACAAUUUUUAACAUGGAUUCUCUUACCUUUUAUGCAAUCAUAUGCAAGAUCAGGAGGUUUUUCCAUCACUGGAAAGAUCAAAACUGCACUGAUUGAGAAUGCAAUCUAUUAUGGCACCUAUCUGUUGAUUUUUGGAGCAUUUUUAAUUUAUGUAGCUGUAAAUCCACAUUUGCAUUUAGAAUGGAACCAGCUUCAGACAAUUGGAAUAGCUGCUGCAAAUACAUGGGGUCUAUUUCUUCUUGUGUUAUUGUUGGGGUAUGGCUUGGUGGAAAUUCCUCGGUCGUACUGGAAUGGAGCAAAAAGGGGUUAUCUACUUAUGAAGACUUAUUUUAAGGCAGCCAAACUGAUGACAGAGAAAGCAGAUGCAGAAGAGAAUUUAGAAGAUGUCAUGGAAGAGGUUCGUAAAGUGAAUGAAAGCAUCAAGUAUAACCACCCGUUGAGAAAGUGUGUUGAUACAAUACUUAAAAAGUGCCCUACAGAGUAUCAGGAAAAAAUGGGUAGGAACAUGGAUGAUUAUGAAGAUUUCGAUGAAAAACAUAAUAGCUACCCAAGUGAAAAAAGUCUGGUAAAACUGCAUAAACAGGUGAUUUAUUCAGUUCAAAGGCACCGUCGAACUCAAGUACAAUGGCAGAUUCUUUUGGAACAAGCAUUUUAUCUAGAAGAUGUAGCAAAAAAUGAAACUAGUGCUACCCAUCAGUUUGUUCAUACCUUUCAAUCGCCAGAGCCAGAAAAUCGAUUUACCCAAUAUUUUUAUAAUCCUACAGUUGAAUGGUACUGGGAAUGUCUUUUGCGACCUUGUUUUUACAGGAUACUUGCUGUGGUUCUGUCUAUCUUUUCUGUGAUUGUUGUGUGGUCAGAGUGCACAUUCUUUAGCACUACUCCUGUCUUAUCCCUCUUUGCAGUCUUCAUACAGUUGGCAGAAAAAACAUACAAUUAUAUUUAUAUUGAGAUUGCUUGCUUCCUUUCCAUUUUCUUCCUGAGUAUCUGUGUUUAUUCUACUGUGUUCAGGAUUCGUGUAUUUAACUAUUAUUACUUGGCGUCACAUCACCAGACUGAUGCAUACAGCCUUCUUUUCAGUGGCAUGUUAUUUUGCCGUUUGACCCCUCCCUUAUGUCUUAAUUUCUUGGGUUUGACCCAUAUGGAUUCAUCCAUCUCUCACCAGAAUACUCAACCAACUGCAUAUACAUCUAUUAUGGGUUCCAUGAAAGUUUUAUCCUUUAUUGCAGAUGGAUUCUAUAUAUAUUACCCUAUGUUGGUGGUAAUUCUCUGCAUUGCUACUUAUUUUAGUUUGGGAACCCGCUGUCUGAAUCUUCUUGGUUUCCAGCAGUUCAUGGGAGAUAAUGAUAUGACAUCAGACUUAGUUGAUGAAGGAAAAGAAUUAGUCAGACGAGAGAAGAGAAAAAGGCAAAGGCAAGAAGAAGGUGAAAAUCGAAGAAGAGAAUGGAAAGAACGUUAUGGACACAAUAGAGAAGAUUCCACUAGGAACAGAAACGUUCAUACUGACCCAAAAGAGUCAGACUUCUCAGAUAUUAAUACCAACCGGUCAGCAACCAAAUAUACCAGAGCUAAUAAUAGGACUGAAAGGGACCGAAUAGAACUUCUCCAAGAUGCAGAACCUUUGGAUUUUAAUGCAGAAACGUUCACUGAUGAUCCUCUUGAAUCUGCUUCAGGAAGGUAUCAGCCUGGUGGACAAUAUCUCUCAAUGUCUCGCAGCAGAAUGUUUGAUGAUGUCUAAAGUCUGAAAAAAUGUGUGGAACAACUAACCAAGGUCAACACAUCAGUUCAGUCAUAUGAACAUCUUUGUGCCCUAAUAUUUCCUUUGUACCCUCAUCAGUGAAAAUUGUUAGGGUAACAGAAAAGGCACUGAGAAUUACUUACGUCUUAGUAAUACCAGGGUACUUCAAAAAGCUCGUGGAAAAAUAGAAUUAAAAAAUAAUAUGAGUCUUUCCAUGAAUUUUUAGAAGUACCUUUGUAAUAAUUUAUUGUUCAUUGGAUAGAGUAUCAUAUUAUCUAAUAGGAUUUAUUACAUAUCAUUCCCUAAGCGUCUGCCUUAGGAGUACAGUUACAGUGGAAGGAUUUAAUUCAUGAUAAAAGAUCAGCGUAUGUUGAGAACAUGUAGUUCAGUUUGUUUCAAAUUAGUUUUUUUAGGAGACCUAAAGGACCCAAGGACCUUUAAACAAUAAUUUACAUCAUACUAAAUAAUAUACAGUUUUACUAUUGUGAUUUAUUUUUUUGCCAUUUCUAAAAAAUAUGUUCCACAUGUAUUUCCCAAAGAAAUGUGAGUGAAUGGAGAUCUCAAAUCAUAUCCAUAUUCACAAAACUCAUGUCUUAAAACAAGGCUUACUUACCAGACUUAACUGAAUGUAAAAAGCUGUUUUUUCAAAUCUGUGUGCAAAUCAGUGGAGUUUUUUGCAUGUAUAAUUAAGAUUAUACUUUAACUAAUAAUAUCAGUGUCUUUAGCAUGUGUACUGUAAUCAG